AUGAUGCUGCGGCCCAGCGGCCAAUUGCGCUUCGUUAGGUCUGCCCACACUCCUACAUGGCAGAAGAAUCCAAACUUAGACAAGAUAAUUCGCGUGGACCACGCAGGCGAGUUGGGUGCGGACCGCAUCUACGCCGGACAGAUGGCUGUACUGGGCGGCACCUCCGAGGGACCGCUCAUACAGCACAUGUGGGAACAGGAAAAGAGACACCGCGAGACGUUUGAGCGUCUGAUCAAUGAGUACCGCGUGCGACCUACAGUACUCACCCCGCUGUGGAAUGUGGCGGGGUUCGCACUAGGCGCGGGUACCGCGUUGCUGGGUAAGGAGGCCGCCAUGGCUUGCACGGUUGCUGUGGAAACCGUGAUCGUGGAUCAUUACAAUGACCAGCUGCGGACACUCAUGGACGACCCCAACGUCGACAAGGACAUCCUCGACACCAUCACCAGGUUCCGUGAUGAGGAACAAGAGCACCACGACACGGGCAUCGAACACGGGGCCGAGCAAGCACCCUUCUACCGGGCGCUCACUGAGGUCAUCAAAACCGGCUGUAAGGUCGCCAUCGAGAUAUCCAAGAGGAUAUAG